AUGCCCCUCUUCCACGACACCCUCUGGAAGGUCACGGCAAUAGACAUCGAGUUCACGCUUGCCAAGGUAAUGCGCAGAGUACUGCGCGACAUGUCGGUAGACAAGCCGGCACGGCAGCACAGGGCAGAGGCGCUUCGCCGCUUGGGUGAAAUCAUGCAGGAGCCCAUGAAGGAGAGGAGAGCCGACCAGAGCGCGUCCAAGCUCCAGCUUGAGGAGGUGCCGUCUGUUGAGAGGCGAUUGAGUUCAAGGUCUUCGAUUCUUGCUCGAUUGCCUCGCGUGUCUUGGCGCUCUCGCAAACGCGAAAGCAAAGAGGCAAGGACCAAGCAGCAGGAGACCAAGCAGAAGCAGAUGGAGGCGGCUCUGGUGCUCAUGGCUGCUGGCGCUUCCACCGAUGAUGUGGACGACAUGUUGGCUGCAAGGUCUGCAAUGGAAGCCGAGCUCGACCCGUUUCACAGCGCUUCGAAAGCAAUCACCGCUCCAAGCCUCAACCACCGGGCCAGAUUGGAAUGCCCAUCGCUGCCUAAUCUCACUGCUAUGGAGGGCGUGGCCGCAGGGGUCAAGGAGAAGGCCGUUUUGGCUUACCUCCUCACCAUACCCGAGGUCGAGCGUGCCGUCAAGCUGCAACGAGAUGGCAGAGGCAAAAUCGACCAUGAGAGCAGCUGUCGCGUGUCUUGGAUCUAUCGCAGCUUCCGAUCCGAAACAUGCGAAGAGGCUGGCUGCGCCCACGGCUCAGGCAAAGCAGCCGCAACAUUGGCAAAAGUAGCACGGCACGAAGCUCAGGUUCUCUUCGAUUCUGAGGACUUGCAGUUCGAGUACGACGAGGCCUGCGAUGAGGUCAUCGACUUGCUGGCGGAGCUGCGCGCGGCCACGCUGGAGGUGCAGGAACUCUCCUUGCGGCUGAAGGCUUGCCGGCGCACCAAGACGCCGGCUGUUUCUACCCUUCCUGCAGCCGAGGAGCCCAGGGCCCGAGACCUGCGCCAGCUCUUCGAGUGGCUGGCAAAGACGGUGGACCUCAGCCAUCCAGAAACCUUGGACGUGGGCUUCGAGGUGCCAAUUGGUGGCCGGUCGGUUCACCUGCACCGAGUGGUACAGUGGCCCUUGACCAUCGCCCCCGGAGCCUUGAAGCUCACGGCCCCGAUCCAGCAUCAAGAGGCGCUAGGGCAGCUCUUGGCGUCAACUCGAGCUGUCGGGAAGGUUGACUCGGAUGCCCUGAUGCACUUCUUGGCUGGCUGGGAUCUGAUCGCCGGUGAGCUGACGACAGCGGCGCAUCCAGUGCCAGAGCCCUCUGUUCUGCUUGCACACAGGACAUCCACGCAGGGUAUUCUUGUCGCAACGUGGCCAACGAAAGAGGCCCUACAGGUGGUGUACGCAGCACCAAUCGUCCCACAGCCAGGAGAGCGAGUAGAGGUCGAGUACGAAGGGCAAUGCUACGUCGGAAUCCUGUACGGCGUGGACAAUGGCAUGGCAAGCGUGAGAUGUGAUGCGGAUCCGCCCGGCGUGAUGACCGUAGCUCCGUUGUCACAUGUUCGACGGCUUGACGGGGAGUUGGCGCAGGAGGAGGCCUUGACAUUGAUUCCAGUCGCAGAGCGGGAGGAGGUCCCGCUUUCCAAGAUGCAUCGUCGCACGAAGUCUUCGGCGCUGUAG